UGUUGCCUAACUUGAAAAGACAGGAGCCCCGGUUCCCUGACAGUCAGCCUGGGUCACCUCUCCUGACUGGGAAAGGUCCUGGGACCUCUGACUCUCAUGACUGGUUCUUUCAGCAAAAUAGGAGUACACCGUCUUGGACCAGAAAGAUUAAUUCUUCAGCCUCCGAUAGGCAGAGCAGCUCCAUCAGCAGCAGAGGAUUAGAAGGAGACACUAACCAGAAGCUGCGGCUCUCUCCUAACUGGUCAGUACCAUGAAUCAGCUUCAAGUCUUCAUUUCAGGCCUCAUACUGCUUCUCCCAGGUACUGUGGAUUCUUAUACAGCAGUGCAGGGGCUGGCGGGUCACCCUGUCACACUUCCAUGUAUUUAUGCGACAUACCUUGGUGGAAUCGUUCCUGCGUGUUGGGGCCUAGGGGAAUGCCGCCAUUCUUACUGUACAAGGUCACUUAUCUGGACCAAUGGAUAUAUGGUCACACAUCAGAGGAACGGUCGAUACCAGCUAAAGGGGAAUAUUUCAGAAGGGAAUGUGUCCUUGACCAUAGAGAACACUGCUGUGAGUGAUGGUGGUCCCUAUUGCUGUAUAGUGGAGAUUCCUGGAGCAUUCCAUUUUGUGGACUAUUUGUUGGAAGUUAAACCAGAAAUUUCCACGAGUCCACCAACAAGGCCCACAGCUACAGGAAGACCCAUGGCUAUUUCAACAAGAUCCACACAUGUACCAACAUCAACCAGAGUCUCUACCUCUACUCCUCCAACAUCUGCACACACACAGACUCACAAACCAGAGGCCACUACAUUUUAUCCAGAUUGGACUACAGCUGAGGUGACAGAAACCUUAUCCGAUACUCCUGCAGACUGGAGUAACACUGUGCCAUCCUCAGAUGACUCUUGGGAUAAUAACACUGAAGCAAUCCCUCCACAGAAGCCACAGAAAAACCUGACUAAGGGCUUCUAUGUUGGCAUCUCCAUUGCAGCCCUGCUGAUAUUGAUGCUUCUGAGCACCAUGGUUAUCACCAGGUACGUGGUUAUGAAAAGGAAGUCUGAAUCUCUGAGCUUCGUUGCCUUCCCUAUCUCUAAGAUUGGAGCUUCCCCCAAAAAAGUGGUCGAACGGGCCAGAGGUGAAGACCAGGUCUACAUUAUUGAAGACACUCCUUACCCUGAAGAAGAGUCCUAGUGGCCCUCUGAGGCACCUUCCGCCUGAGAUUAAAGAGACUGUCCGUGAUA